AUGUGUCUUUUCAGGGAGGAUGGGGAGCUUGAAGAAGGGGAGCUUGAAGAUGAUGGGGGCGAAGAGCCUCACGAUGCUUCAGAGUCGAGGGAAAAGAGUCGGAAGGAAAAAAAUGAGAAGCAUCACAGUGACUCUGAUGAAGAGAAGACUCACCGGAGGAAGAGGAAGCGGCGGAAAGAGCGAGAGAAGGAGAAGCGAAGGUCGAAAAAGAAAAGGAAAUCCCGACACAAGCGCCAUGCCUCCUCCAGUGAAGAUUUCUCCGACUACAGCGAGGAGUCAGACUUCAGCCCAAGUGAGAAAGGGCACCGGAAGUACAGAGAUUACAGCCCUCCUUACUCCUCCUCCCACCAGCAGUACUCCUCUUCUCAUAGCGCCCCGAAGAAGGGGUAUUCCAAAAUGGAAAGCAAGAAUUACCCACCGUAUGAAGAUUAUGAGAACGAGGGCUACUGUGAAUACGAGGGAGAGGAGGAUGAAGACGGGGGGAAAGAAGACUAUGAUGACUUCACCAAGGAGCUAAACCAGUACCGGAGGGCCAAGGAAGGAGGAGCACAUCGGGGACGAGGUGGCCGCGGCCGUGGCCGAGGGUACCGUGGCCGUGGAAGCAGAGGAGGAAUGAGAGGGCGCGGCAUGGGCAGAGGUGGCCGGGGCAGGGGGCGAGGAGACCACCCUGAGGACGAGGAGGAAAUGUACGAGGAGGAAAUGGAGUACUGUGAAGGAGAAGAGCCCGGAGGGGAGGAGGACUAUGAUGACUAUUCCAAGGAGCUGAGUCAGUAUCGUAGGAACAAGGAAGGAAGGGGGCGAGGACUGGGUCGUGGCCGAGGACGAGGCUCCAGAGGGCGAGGCAAGGGGAUGAGCCGGGGGCGAGGACGUGGCAGAGGGGGCAAAGGAGGAGGGAUGAACGAAGAGGAUGACUACUAUGAUGAAGACCUGGGGGAUGGAGGAGGCGGCGGCGGGAAUUACAGGCGGGGUGACCAUGAGAAGUCUCACCAGCAAUCGGAUAAGAAAGGAAAAGUCAUCUGCAAAUACUUUGUGGAAGGCAGAUGCACCUGGGGGGAACACUGCAACUUCAGCCAUGAUAUUGAGCUACCAAAGAAGCGAGAGCUGUGCAAGUUUUACAUCACGGGCUACUGUGCCAGAGCGGAAAAUUGUCCCUACAUGCAUGGGGACUUCCCUUGCAAGCUCUUCCAUACGACCGGGAACUGCAUCAACGGGGGUGACUGCAUGUUCUCUCAUGAGCCCCUCACAGAUGAGACACGGGAGCUGUUGGAGAAGAUGCUGGCCGACGAUGCUGAAGCAGGAGCAGAAGAUGAGAAGGAGGUGGAGGAGCUCAAGAAGCAGGGCAUCAAUCCCUUGCCCAAGCCCCCUCCUGGGGUGGGCCUACUGCCCACCCCCCCUCGCCCUCCGGGGCCCCCGGCACCAACCUCCCCCAAUGGCCGGCCAAUGCCCGGAGGCCCACCUGCUCCUCCACCGCCCCCACCGCCCCCCCUUCCGCCCCCAGGAGCCUUGCAGAUGCCCCCUCCACCCCACGAGCCCCUCUCGCCUCAGCAGCUGCAGCAGCAGCAGGACAUGUACAAGAAGAUCCCCUCCCUCUUUGAGAUCGUGGUGAGGCCCACUGGGCAGCUUGCUGAGAAGCUGGGUGUGAGGCACCCAGGUCUAUCGCCACCACACUUCCCUGGGCCUGUGCAUCCUGACAUGUGCCCGGACAUGCCUCCGGACAUGUGCCCGGACAUGUGCCCUGACAUGCCCAUGGGCCCGGGGAUGAAUCCCGGCCCUCCGAUGGGCCCCGGGCCCCCAAUGAUGCCCUUUGGCCCAGAAGAUAUUCCGCCCGGCCCACCACCACAGGACUUCUACGAUGGCUUCUACCCGCAGCCCGAAGGCAUGGAGAUGGAGCCCGGCAUGAUGGGUGGCCCAGAGGCCUACGGGAACUACGAGGAGAUGGAUGAGCUGCCCGGAGAGGACAUCUUCCCAGAUCCCUCCUUGGAGCCUGACGCCAUGGGCGAGGGAGUAGCCCCGCGGUUGCCGAAGCCCUCCGCCAGCAUCCCCGACUUCCUGCCAUCCACCCAGCGGGCUCUUUACCUGCGGAUCCAGCACAAGCAGCAGGAGGAGGAGGAGAGGGCUCGCCGCCAGGCAGAGGGCUUCAAGCAGGAGCGGGAGCAGGAGGAAGGCGAUCCUGGCAACUGGUACUCCAGCGAUGAGGAUGACGGCAGCAGCAGUGUCAGUUCUAUUCUGAAGACGCUGCGGCAACAAAGUUCCAGCCGGCCCCACGAAGACAUGCCGGGCAGCACAGGCUCUGCCCUGGCCAGGAGCGAUCCUCGCCUCCAGAAGAGUCAGCCAUUGGGCGGCAGCCGACCUGCCGACCCUCGUCUCCUGCGUGACCCCAGGCUUUCCCGGGGCUUGGAGGCAUCUGCUUCCUCUGGCGCUGGGGACGCAGGGCCCAGUGACCCGCGACUGGCCCGGCACAUUCCUCCUCCGUCUGCCCCUAAGUCUGAACCUUCGCAUUCCAGCCCCACCGUUGGCCAGAAGGCCGUCACGACUCCUGAGGAGGAGGAAGGGGAGAGGGAGAUAAGAGAAAAGCCGGUCACCAUCCCGCUAGAAACGCUGCCGAAUCACACCCAGAGGGACCCUCGCUGCCAGCUGCAGCAGUUCAGCCAUAUCAAGAAAGACAUUGUCCUGAUGAUGCCCAACUUUGCCCGCGUGGUCCUAUGGAGCCCUGAGGACCUGAUCCCGCUGCCUGUCCCGAAACAGGAGUUUGUUCCUGUCCCAGCUGCUCUCCAGCCCCUGCCUGCCCUAGAUCCACGCCUGAAUCGACCACAAAACAGCAGCCUUUCUGACCCAAGGCAGCGGGGCACAGCCCCAGCCGAAGCCUCGGCUAAUUCUAGCUCUAGUCUCCCAGACUUUGAGCUGCUCUCCAGGAUAUUAAAAACAGUCAAUGCGGCUGGGAGCCCCGGCCAGAGCGACAAGCCGAGCGACCCCCGAAUGCGCAAAGCCCCUGCAGAUCCCCGGCUACAAAAAGCUGUGGAGUCAGCUGCCCCGACGCCCUCCAAACCAGCUGAUGCCAUCACCCCCGCGGCUGGCCCCGUGGCCGGCUCUGAGGCGGCCCCAGGCAUAGCUCCUUACGACCCUCGGCUGCUGACUGCAGGAGGGCUGAGCAGAGGCAGCGGCCAAAGCAGCGUCCUGAGCGGGAUUAGCCUCUAUGACCCCCGGGCUCCAGGAUCCUCCGGCGGCAAGGCCUCGGAGCCGGCUGGCGAGGGGAGCCCCGCCUCCAGGGGCCCGGAGGGCGGCAGCAAGAGCAGCCGAGGCAAGGAGCCCUUGUUUGUGCGUCGGUCAGCCCUGGAUCAGCCCGAACCGGACAAGCCCAGCACUGACCCUGCCACCGACAGGUACAACAGCUACAAUCGGCCACGACCCAAGGCAGCCGCAGCCACCACCCCUGCCACAGAGACUGCUGCCCAGCCUGCCGUUCACAAUCUCCCCGUGCCCCCCGUUUACGGCAUGGUGAAGCAAGCUGCCAAGUCUGGAGCAGGCAGCCCAUUUGCUGGGAACAGCCCUGCCCAGGAGGGGGAACCACAGGAUGCUGGCUCUCUAAAAGAUGUUUUUAAGGGCUUCGACCCCACGGCCUCCCCGUUCUGCCAGUAGUAUUACAGGACUCGCACA